AUGGCCGCUACGUCCACCUUGGAAACUACAAUUGAACGACUGGAAUCCAAGCUGGACCAGGUAAUUUCCUGGCAAAAGGAAGUUGUCGAUGAGAUUCGUGGUAUGGCAAACACACUGGAACAACUACGGUUAACUGCAGAUACUCUGGCGGUUGAACAACAGCAACUUCGCACCGACAACUACGAGUUAAGGAAGCAAUUGGAGUGGAACGAAACCGAGAUCGACAAGCUCAAGUCAACAAGACGAGGCGGUGGUUCCGCAAUCUUUGCACAUAAAAAAAUCCCUAGCAAGUUACUGUACACUUUUUGUGAUGAAUAUAACAGUAUUGUGGCCGUUGAGAUUGGAGAUCGCGAAAAAACAGUACUGGCCUGCAUUUAUCGACCACCAGAUAGUCCAACAUCACCCACUAACACAUUUUUAGAUUUGCUCGAGGAUUUUCUAACAACACAAACAUUUGGUUCAACGAUCAUCGCUGGCGAUUUCAACUUCGAUCUUCUGUCGACGAGUACCAUUGUGCAACGCUAUUUCAAUCUGGUCCUAUCCAACGGAUUUUAUUUCUGCGAUAACACACCGACGCGCCAAGGAGCUUGCCUGAAUCACGUUAUCACGAACAAUAUCGACCUACUGAUCAAUACUCAGCACUUUCAGUAUAGCCUAUUUGAUCAUGACACAAUGUUUAUCGAAGUUGAGUGCGCAAUUGAUCGAACGCCAGCCGAGAGAAUAACACACACAAAGACUAAUGUCCAUUUAGUUCGUGAGUGUCUAUUGCAGAAUCUUCCUGACACAAAUGCACGAAGCUCAGUUGACGCGAUAAGAGCCUCAACGAAGAUUAAGGAAGCGAGAGAUAGUCCUAUAAAACAGUCGAAGCCAUGGGUAGAUAAAGAGAUGAGUGACUGCAUCCGUACAAAAAAUUACUGGCUGUACUGUGCUAACUGCUUUGAACGUCAACGAAAUAAUGUAGCUGGCACCUGGGGAGUUAUAAGGGAGAUUCUGGGCAAAUCUAAAACUAGAUCUACUAAUACCUUGUCAGAUCGGUUUACCAAACAUGAAGAUAAGAGACGCGCCGUUAGUGAUGCAAAUGAGUACUUUGCAACAGUGGGCAAAAAUCUGGCAAACAACAUUGUGUAUACGUCCCUACCGCCCAUAAGGAUGCAAACAGGUUAUCAGUUUACGCUGCAGGCUGCGCCUGAAUCAACGAUCCAACAUGCGAUUAACAAUAUGUCUACAUCCAAAGCAGCGGGAUAUGAUUACGUUCAACCCAAUGUUCUUAAGCAAUGUAGUGAUAUUCUAAUAAGCAACAUUACAAGUGUUGUUAACUCAUCGAUUAACCAAUCGCACGUCCCCAGCGAAUUGAAAAUUUCUAAAGUUGUACCUAUACCGAAAACAUCGACACCUGUUAACUUCUGCGAUUAUAGACCUAUAAAUAUUCCCAGUGCAACUGAUAAAAUUCUGCAAAAAACAGUAAACACACAGCUAACUGAGUACCUCGAAAAAUACGACUUUCUUUCGUCGCGACAGUAUGGUUUUCGGCCACGAUCCAACACACAAACGGCCCUUUUUGAUGUUGUGACAGAAAUUCAAACGCAUUGUGAUAAAAAGGAAAAAGUAGCGGCAGUAUUUCUAGACUUAUCCAAAGCAUUCGACACCUGCGAUAAAAGAAUAUUACUACGACGAUUUAGCGAACUUGGCAUCAAUGGAAGUAGUCAACGGUGGUUCAAAAGUUUUUUGAAUCAACGCCAGCAGUACGUAAGUGAUAAAGGCUUCGACAGUGUUUUGCACUCAGUGGAAUACGGCGUGGUGCAAGGCAGCAUCCUUGGGCCAACAUUGUUCAACUGUUACGUUAACUUGAAGGAUAUUCCUCUACAUGGCACCCUUUUCAUGUACGCAGAUGACAUCGUACUCGUAAAUGCCACAACCUCUACUGAACAACUGCAAACGUUGAUUAAUGAGGAUCUGGAGCGACUGCUGCGGUGGAUGAAUCAACAUAAAUUAACACUCAACGCUGCGAAAACAAAAUAUAUGUUGUUCAAUGACAACAUGGGAUCCACACUGAAUAUUUUAUAUAAUGGUGAACAAAUCGAACUAGUUCAAAACUUCAAAUACUUAGGUGUGUGGUUUGACAGUGAACUGAAAUGGACUUACCACAUUAGAGAACUAAAUAAAAAGCUCUCUCAAGUAGCAGGAGUCUUUAAAAAGAUAUCGGAUUGUAUACCUAUUGAGACAAAACGGAAUCUUUACUUUUUCAUAGCCAUCUGAUCUACGGCAUAGCUACAUGGGGAGCAGCAAACGCUACGGCAAUAAAAAACCUGCAAACUACACAAAACAAAGCCAUUAAAAAUUUAUUUGGUUUUCACCAUCGAGCACCAACAGCCUUCAUUCAUGAUAGUCAACGCUUACUCACGGUUAAAAGUAUCCACACAGUUGCGGCAUGUACCCAUAUCCAUCAGAUACUGGGAAGAAGUAUCCAUACCAACACCGAUCUUACUAGGGGAGAAGACAGACUACUCUCUACAACUCUCUUGGAGAAGCCAUAAAAGCAUUACCGCUAGAAAACUUCAAAAGACAACUUAAAGUCAUUUUAUGUAACACCCAAUUUUAAUACGCUGUUUGUUCUAUUUGCUUUCAUUGUUCCUUAUUGCAAAUUGUGUUUUAUGUUUUAUGUUAUUUAUAUUUUAGAAUAAGUACUAAUAACGACAUUGUGUACAAAUUAGUCAGUCUCUACGAGCUAAA